GGAGGCUGUCUGGACGGAGCCUGCGUCCCGGCUGGUCAAUGGUAGAGAUAGUGGGCGUAAGUGCGCCCGGGCGUUUGGUUGCUGAGCAGCACACGCAGACUGGCGGCUAGGCGGGGGGAGCGCGUGCGCCUGUGACUGUUCAGGGGGGCUUGGUGGCUGAAGAGAGGCGGUUGAAGUGCCGCUGCCAGGUCUCCCAAGGAAUGUGAGAGCCGCUGAUAGUCCGCGCGCUGCUGCACCCGCUUUGCCCGCCCGCCGGCUGAGUUCUCCCAGCUGAGACCCCCGCUGGCCUCUCCGGCUGGGCCCCGCGUGAUGUCGUGAUCCCCAGGCGGACGUGCGACCAGACGGGCGGCGCUCAGGCAGCGGCAGCUGCUGCCGAUGGGGCUGCUUCGGAUUAUGCUGCCGCCUAAGUUGCAGCUCUUGGCGGUGGUGGCGUUCGGGGUGUCUGUCCUUUUCCUGGAGAACCAGAUCCAGAAGCUGGAGGAGUCCCGCGGGAAGCUGGAAAGGGCUAUUGCAAAACACGAAGUUCGAGAAAUUGAGCAACGUCAUACAAUAGAUGGCUCUCGGUCAGAUGUGACUCUGGAUGAAGAUGAUGAUUUGGUGAUAAUUUAUAAUCGAGUUCCAAAAACUGCUAGCACUUCAUUUACAAACAUUGCUUAUGAUCUUUGUGCAAGAAACAAGUAUCAUGUACUGCAUAUCAACACAACCAAAAACAAUCCUGUUAUGUCUCUGCAGGAUCAGGUACGGUUUGUGAAGAAUGUAACUUCCUGGAAAGAGAUGAAACCAGGGUUUUAUCAUGGACAUAUAUCCUUUUUGGAUUUUGCAAAAUUUGGUAUUAAAAAGAAACCAAUAUACAUCAAUGUUAUAAGAGAUCCUAUAGAGCGACUGGUUUCUUACUACUACUUUCUGCGUUUUGGUGAUGAUUACAGGCCUGGACUCCGAAGACGAAAGCAAGGGGAUAAAAAAGUAAAAACCUUUGAUGAAUGUGUAGCAGCUGGAGGCACAGAUUGUGCCCCUGAGAAACUCUGGCUUCAAAUUCCAUUCUUCUGUGGCCACAGUUCUGAGUGCUGGAAUGCAGGAAGCAGAUGGGCUUUGGAACAAGCCAAAUACAACUUGAUUAAUGAAUAUUUCCUAGUGGGAGUUACUGAAGAGCUUGAAGACUUUAUUAUGUUGCUGGAGGCAGCUUUGCCCCGUUUCUUCAGGGGUGCAACAGAAUUAUAUCGCACAGGAAAGAAGUCCCAUCUUAGAAAGACAACGGAGAAGAAACUUCCCACAAAAGAAACCAUUGCAAAGCUCCAGCAGUCUGAAAUGUGGAAAAUGGAGAAUGAGUUCUAUGACUUUGCACUGGAGCAAUUUCAGUUCAUCAGAGCACAUGCAGUUCGAGAAAAAGAUGGAGAAUUGUAUAUUCUGACACAAAACUUUUUCUAUGAAAAGAUCUACCCUAAAUCGAACUAAGAGCAAUGAAUACUGUUAGAUUAGGGGACUAAACCUUUGGCCAUGUACUUGUUGUUUUCAGCCCCAAUGUCUAGAUUGUUGAAACACCAACCCAAGCACAUUAGUCUUGAGCUCAGUAGACUUGUUCAAAGAAGAUGGCUACCAACUAGGUAUCUUGGCAAUCCAAAAGUAUAAGCUUCGGUGCCCCUGUGUUUUCAGAGGAAGUUAUACUACCCCACACCUGAAGAAGCAUACAGAUUCAUUUACAGAAACUAACCAUAUAUCUAUUAUAGCUGAAACUAUAACAAUGAAAGGAUUCCUUUUAAUGCUCUUCUUGAUUCUAGGACAGUUUAUUUUACUUAACUUCCUGGGAAGAGGAAGAAGCUUGUCCCCUAGCUUCAACAUGGAGAUUUCAGUUGUAUACACUUAUGAAUAAUGUUAAUAACUGGCUGACAUCUGUGCUUCGUUCUUGUGAAUCCAUAUCAUGUGACAUUCUUUGGAAUGUUCAAUCAUGUCUUGCAGAGAGAGGCUACAGUUGAAUGUGCUCAUAUAUAUAGAUAUGGGCUUUUAUUUUAAGAAGCUAGGACUGGUCAUCAGCGUGUUUGAAAAUUUGAAUUCCAUAGUGAAAUUGUCAAAAGGGCAAAAUUAUAGGCAGUAUUUCUUUGCCACCCUCUGUACUUCCAGCUAAUGUUGGGAAAACUCUCUAAAGCUGGCUUUUGCCUGCACAUUAAUAUAAAACUAAUAGUGAAUUCUGUAUAAUUGUUUCAUGGAUUCUUUGUACUUUAAAAAGAACUACUGGUGAAUCCAUAUUAUGACUCAACUAGUGAGCUGUGGUAUGGUUAGGAUUUUCCUACUUAGAUACUUUUACCUGUAGAAUAUUUUUACUAAGGUGCUUUAUAAUGUGUUUUAAAGCAUUGCAUUUGCAAAAGGAGUAAAAUGCUGUAAAUAAUGCAUAUUUUAUGUAUUUGGACCAAAAGGUUACAACUAAUAGUUUAAACUGUUUUUGCACCAAUUUUGUUGUGUGUGAAGUAAAAGCAUCCCAUCUGCUGUUCAAA